AUGGAGUUCACUGAAGGAGCUGCCAACACUAGAAACGGUGUUUUCAAUGCCGAGACCAACUUAGCGCCAGAAGAAUUACUCGAUCUUUGCUUGGUUGGAUCCUUGCUAACAAGUAAACCUGUUCGCUUCAAUGUGCUCAGGGAUAGACUGUCUGAGCUAUGGCAACCAGGGCAAGGUGUGGAGAUUUCCAAAAUGGCUGAGAACAAAUUUCUGUUCCAGUUUUACCAUAUGUGGGAUUUGGAGAGAAUUUUUCAGGGAGGGCCUUGGUUAUUCGAUAACUUCAUGCUAGUUUUACGGAAGACUAAGUUUGGGGAGGAGCCCCUUGCUUUGCCGCUGAACGAAGCCGAGAUAUGGGUCCAAAUCCAUCAACUCCCUUUGGGAUUCAUGAAUGAAAAUAUCGGUGUUCUCAUAGGGGAACAUAUUGGAAAAUUUAUCGGCUACGAUGCUUAA